AGACCUGGGCCCGGGAUCAUGAAACUAACUUAAGAUCAUAUUUUGUCUUAACUCUUAAGAUUUAGACUUAAGAUCAAAUUUUGUCUUAAAUCGGGGAUCACGAAGCUCAAUCACUGAGAAUAUCUUAAGUCUAAGACAAAAUUUGAUCUUAAGUCCUAAGGCUGCCCCUGAGUAGACUUAAGACAAAAUUUGUAUCAAGAAAUAUGGCAGAGGUUGUUCGCCUCAUGCGUCGCCUAAGGGCUAAAAAGGACAAAACAACAAUUCAUCGCACAUUUCGAGAUCGUUUCAACCCUCUUGAUUUGUACAACGACGAAGAGCUCUUUGAGAGAUACAGAUUUCGUCGUUGUACCAUUUUUUUCAUUGUUGGCUUAAUCGGUGAUGAACUGGCACACCCCACUCAGCGUUCACACAGUCUCCCACCUAUUAUUCAGGUUUUGAUUUUCCUUCAGUUUGUUGCCACUGGGGCUUUUCAUUUAUUAGUUGCUCAGUCGUUCUGUAUCAGCAAAGCAACAGCCGGCAGGUGUGUCCGACGAGUGGCAGAGCUACUCUGUAGGCUGUCGUCUCGCUUCAUCGCUUUCCCGACAGGCCAGAGAUCACAUGACGUGAAACGUACCUUCCAUGCCAUUGCCGGAUUUCCAAAUGUGCUUGGCUGUGUUGACGGCACACAGAUUAAAAUCCAAACGCCAAAGGUCAACGAGGCUGACUUUGUCAACAGAAAGGGAUAUCAUUCUCUGAAUGUUCAGAUGGUUUGCGACCCAAACUUUAUUAUUACUAACUGUGUGGCCAACUGGCCUGGAUCAUGCCAUGAUGCCCGCAUAUUCAGAGAGAGUAAACUCUGUGAUAAUUUGGAAAAUGGUGUUCAUGAUGGAUUCCUGCUGGGUGACUCUGGGUACCCCUGUAGACGAUACCUGAUGACUCCCUACCACAACACUGGCAAUAUCAGACACAGAGACAGAUAUAAUUAUUCUCUCUGCAGAACACGUGUUCUGAUUGAACAAACUUUUGGUAUUUUAAAGAGACGAUUUCCUUGUCUAUCUUUGGGACUGAGAACCAAUCCAACCAGAGCAUGCAAAUAUGUUGUUUCCUGUGCAAUUUUACAUAACAUAAGAAUUUUGAAACAGGAUAUAGUAAUUAAUCAUAUGGAUGAGUUGACAGUUCAGGGUCCAGAUCAGCAACAGCAGCAGUUUCUGAGAAAUGAUGGUUUUGGCAUAAGAGACCACAUUGCCCAGAGCUACUUCAGUAAGAAAAAAAAACACAACCUAAAUUAGUCUACCAGGUGGGCACAGUAGAGACAAUUUAAGGAUAACAACUUAUUCAUUUACUGUAAAGGUGACAUUUCUGAAUAGAUCCUUAUACCGUUGUCAAUCAAGGCUGAAUAAUGACCAUGGCACAGAAUACUUAUUGUUGAUGGAGGAUUAACAGUAACAACAAUUGCAUAUGUCACAGAGAUUAACAUGAGUAGUUUAAACAACGACAACAGGAGAAUAAUACUGUAAGAUCAAGAUGGCCAGAGAACACAUGAAGAGUUGUUAUCCAUAAAUUGUCUCUUCUUUGUCAACUUCUAAGUAAUGUGUAUGAAACAAUUUAAUAGGUGGGCACUAAUUAUGAAAGAUGGCAUGACAUUAAGGGCACAUUAUUCAAUAAAAAAUGGGUCAAUUUGUCUAAUUUGCAGGAUUGUUAAUUUUUGUUUCAGCUGAGCCAAUUUUGUCUGCUCUCUAAUAAGUAUCCUGCUUUCCUGGAUUCUCUGGAGCUCCUGCCUAAAAAUUUCCUCCUCUGUAGUUAAAUUAUUUUGUGGUUCGGGGAUAAUGCUGUUUGACAAGAAGUCCUCUACCCCCAGGCUGGCCAUGUUUAUGUCCAGAGGUACUGCUGCUGAUAAUGCCUCCUCGCCUGUGUCCACUGAUCCUGAAAUAUGUAAAUACAAAACAGUUAUUACACAUAAUUCUGUUGUGAUUCCGUACCCAAAACAUUGAAAAUGCUGCAUAUAUACACACACCUAUGUAACUUACACAUGAUGUAACAUGUAAUUAGUUCAGUGAAAUAUUCCACUGAAUUUGAGUUAACAUACAGGCUCCAUACAAGCAGAUUGAAAUAUUUCCCAUGUAGGAUAUUUCUAUAAUUCAUUAAGAUAUACAUAUA